GUCAAAGCAGAAUGUUUUCUUUACGUCCAUGGAAUAAACUCCGCACAGCGCCGAACCUCUGAAACAUGUUUAAGAUUGACAAACCACCACAAACAUUUGGAAACUUGAAAGAUGGAUGCGUUUAACGAACUUCAUUGGAGGAUUUGAGUUCUCUGAGACUAUCUGGGGACACUUUCGUCGUAGUCGCUCUGAAGUGCUAACGGCUGGUGAAGUCCUGGACCUUUAAAAAUAAGCAGCAACUCUUAAGAGUAUUUAAAGUUUCUUUUCUUUAUUGGAUUUAACUGAGAAUGAUGGUACAUUGGUAAGACAGCAUUAAGUAUGGUAGUUGUGCUGUCGGCUGGUGUGGACUAGAACUGAAGGAAAACAGUUUUGAAAAAGGGGUUGGACGGAUAGCGGUUCCUGUUGCGAUGGGCAACCGCGGGAUGGAGGAUCUGAUCCCGCUGGUCAACUGCCUUCAAGAUACCCUGGGCAACGUGGGACAGAGCUGCAGCCUUCACCUGCCUCAGAUAGCUGUGGUGGGCGGCCAGAGCGCGGGCAAGAGCUCCGUGCUGGAAAACUUUGUGGGCAGAGAUUUCCUUCCACGGGGUUCAGGAAUUGUCACUCGCAGACCUUUAAUCCUCCAGCUGCUAAAUUCUGAUGCAGAGUAUGGCGAGUUUUUCCACUGUAAGGGAAAGAGAUUCACAAAUUUUGAGGAGAUCCGCAAAGAAAUUGAAGCAGAGACGUGCAGACUCACAGGAUCGAAUAAAGGCAUAUCUUCUGUUCCCAUGAGCCUACGGAUUUACUCACCACAUGUGCUCAACCUGACUCUUGUGGACCUGCCUGGCAUCACAAAGGUGCCAGUAGGUGACCAGCCAGCAGACAUAGAGUACCAGAUACGAGACAUGGUCAUGCAGUAUAUCUGUAAGGAAAACUGUCUCAUUCUGGCCGUCACACCUGCCAACACUGAUCUGGCCAACUCUGAUGCACUAAAACUAGCCAAAGAUGUUGACCCACAAGGUCAGCGCACUAUUGGUGUAAUCACAAAGCUGGACCUGAUGGAUCAAGGAACCGAUGCCAGGGAAAUACUAGAAAACAGUUUGCUUCCCCUGCGAAGAGGUUACAUUGGGGUGGUGAACCGCAGUCAGAAGGACAUAGAUGGGAAAAAGGACAUCAAGGCAGCUCUGGAGUCAGAGAAGAACUUCUUUCUGUCCCAUCCAGCCUACAAACACAUGGUUGAAAGAAUGGGGACCCCAUAUUUACAAAGAAUACUUAACCAGCAAUUGACAAACCACAUACGGGACACACUGCCAGCCUUCCGCAGUCAUCUGCAGAGCCAGCUUCUAGCCUUGAAUAAAGAGGCCGAGGAGUACAAACAGUAUAAACCUGAUGAUCCUGCACGGAGGACCAAGACACUACUACAGUUAGUUCAGCACUUGGCUGCUGAUUUUGAGAAGCUAAUUGAGGGCUCUGGUGACAAAGUGGACACUGUGAAUUUGUCAGGAGGUGCUAGGAUCAAUAAAAUUUUCCAUGAGCGCUUCCCAUAUGAACUGGUAAAGAUUGAAUCCGAUGUGAGGAAGCUGCGGCAGGAGAUCAACUAUGCCAUCAGAAACAUACACGGUGUCAGGACAGGCUUGUUCACUCCUGACAUGGCCUUUGAAACCAUAGUUAAGAAAAAGAUAUCAAAUCUAAAGGGGCCAUGUAUUCAAUUUAUUGACAUGGUCAGUCAAGAACUAAUCAACACUGUUUAUCAGUGUAUCAGCAAGCUCAGCUCCUUUCCCAAACUGCGAGAUGAGACAGAGAGGAUUGUUGUCACUGAGAUUCAAGAGCAAGAGAGUAAAUGCAGAGACCAGGUCUUGUUGCUUAUUGAUAUCCAGCUCGCCUACAUAAAUACCAAACAUGAAGACUUCGUUGGCUUUACUAAUUUCCAGCAGGUGCAUGACCAAAACAAUGGGAAGACUGUCAUUGGAAUGGCACCGAACCAGGGUGUGGUUCAUCCCUCAAGCCGAAUAGUCAUACGCAAGGGUUGGCUCACCAUCAGCAACAUCGGCAUCAUGAAAGGCGGGGCCAGGGAAUACUGGUUCAUCCUCUCAGCAGAAAGCCUGUCCUGGUUCAAAGAUGAGGAGGAGAAGGACAAGAAGUACAUGCUUCCUCUGGACAACUUAAAGCUCAGAGAUGUAGAAAAGGGCUUCAUGUCAAGCAAAUUUGUUUUUGCUAUCUUCAACACAGAGUUAAGGAACGUGUAUAAGGACUACAAAAGCCUGGAGUUGGCCUGUAACUCUCAGGAAGAGUUGACCAGCUGGAAGGCAUCUCUGCUACGGGCUGGAGUCUACCCUGAGAAAGUGGAUGGACAGGAAAAUGGACCUAAAAACUUCACAGAUCCCCAGCUGGAGCGUCAAGUGGAGAUCAUUUGUAACCUGGUUGACUCCUACAUGGGCAUCAUCCAUAAGACCAUCAGGGAUUUGAUGCCAAAAACCAUUAUGCACCUCAUGAUAAACAGUGUGAAGGAGUUCAUUAGUUCUGAGCUCCUGGCUCAGCUUUAUGCUCUGGGGGAAUGCUCAGCACUGAUGGAUGAGUCACCAGAGCAGCAGCAGCACCGGGAGGAAGUGCUCCGCAAGCACGCUGCCCUGAAGGAGGCGCUCGCUGUUGUCGGAGAGAUCUCCACGUCUACCUGCACCACUCCUCUUCCUCCACCGGUGGACUCCUCCUGGAUACAAUCCACAAAUUUCCCUAAAAAUGUAGUGACCGUUGGUAAGCCAGUGAGUCGUGGUCAUGCUCCACCAGUUCCUCGUGUGACUCAGUCUGGACAUAAGGCUUCUUCUGACAGCUUUCAGCACCACAGUCGUGCUACAACCAGUGUACCAAGGAGGCAACCCCCUGCAAUUCCAAGCAUGAAAUGAGUCUUUUUCUACUGAUUGCUCUUCUAUCCGUCUGCCCCUGUGAUCCUUACAGCUCCAGCUGACUGCUACCCAGAGACACCCAUGACCUAUGUGAUGUGUAAUCCAGCUGAAGCAUUUUUCUGGGGUUCUUGCUGUCUCCUCUGGGAGCUGCUGUCUGCUAAAUUCACUCCAUCCUGAGUCUGUUUUGUACAUAAUAUGACCAGCCAUAAAUGCUGGAAUGUGAACAACUGUCUGAUUUCUCUCAGAGUCUGAAUUUUGUAUAAAUAAAAUGACUGGUUUUGAAUUGCUCUCCAUAAUGAGAGUACCCAUGCACUGCUUUUACUUUGUUAAUAAAACAGUUUAUUUUU